AUGGUAUACCAUUCUGUUGUGUUGAACUCACAACAACCUGUUGAACUAAAUAGGUGGCCCGAUACGCUACCUCUGCGCAAAGUGCUGCAAAUAUCAGAUAGGAAGGAAGAACCUGGUGGUUUGAAGGCUGGUGAUAUCGGCAUCUAUCAAUACUUCAAGGACAUUUCGCAUGCUGAAAUCAAUGCGUGGAAGGAGAGUGACCAGACCGAUGGAGACGCUGUCGUUAACUCCAUCAUUGGUGCUGGCUUUGCAGACAGCUAUCAAGACUGGUUUGUUGCUCGACAUGACGUGAACGGUACGUUGUUUCGAAAAAGCUACAAAACGGACUGUGACAGCAGUGUGGAUGCGGAUGUUUUCAAUUUUGACGUUCUGGACGAGGCUCUUGAUGAAAUUGGAGUUGUGAUUGAUGAAUAG